AUGUCUUCUCGUGGACACUCUGCUCCGUGGCAGCGAUCUAGAUGGCAGUCGACUUUGUGGACUGACCGCGACAUGAUCGACGAAGACCCCAGCUGGGCCCACAUGGAAACUUCGAACGAGGAUUGCCUUGUCCUGGCGUCAGCGACUUCCACGGGCAUCGGUUUCACACUGGGGGUUCCAGAGCAUGAAGACUCACUAUACCGCGAAAGGUAA